UGGUGCACUGUGUCCCUGGGACACAGCGUAUCACCGAUCAAUGGAAAGAGCUGAAGACGUCAGCUCUGUCAUGUUAUCAGCUGUGUCCAAUCACAGCUGAAUCAGAGGGGACAUGUACACUGAUCAUCAGGGCACUGAUGAUCAGUGUAGCCCCAGCAGUGCCACCUGUCAGUGCCCAUCAAUGCCACCUGUCAGUGCCUAUCAAUGCCACCCGCCAGUGGCCAUCAGUGCCACAUCAAUGCCACAUAUCAAUGCCUAUCAGUGCACAUCAAUGCCACAUAUCAGUGCCCAUCUGAGCUGCCUUUCAGUGCCACCUAUCAGUGCCAGUCAGUUCCACCUAUCAGUGCCAGUCAGUGCUGCCUAUCAGUGCUGUCAAUCAGUGCCACCUAUCAGUGCCAGCCAGUGAUGCCUAUCAGUGCCAGUCAGUGCCGCCUAACAGUGCCAGUCAGUGCCGCCUAUCAGUGUCACCUAUCAGU